AUGCCAUCGGCUCCUUCAACUUCAGGAGAUGGGCAAAGAAGAUCGGCAAGACAGAGAAUUGAUUUGAGUCACGCUGAAGAAGGGUUCGUUUUUCUGUUUUGAAAAUUAAUUGUGAAAAAUUAUUCGGAAUAGAGAAGAAAAAUAAACUUCAAAACUUUGGCUCAGAGAUUCGAGUUUCAAAAACUUCAGUAAAUCAGAAGAAAUACAAGUGGUGAAAUUGGUAUUUUGCGGUAAAAAAAUCAAAAUAAAACAUAGAACGGGAUUUAUUAGAAACAGGUGGAUUUUAAAAGGAAAAUCUCAAAUCCGAUCAUUCCAUUCAUUGUUUAAUGGAUCUUUUUAUUUAUGGGAUCAAAUUUUGAAUUAUUUUUUUGGGGUUUAAAAAACUUGUGUAGUUCUAAUUGAACACAUUUUUUAAAGUUUUGUAUUUUCAGCUUUGAUCGACAUGAACUUGAAUUGGCUCUACGCGCAAGUUUCAAUGAGGCUAACAAACACGGACUUUUCGAAGAAAUUCCCGCAACUUCUUCAUUUUCCUCGAAACCACAAAAAUCUGCAAAAUCUAAAAAAGGAUCAAUACCUCCAGUUGAAAAAAAGAAAAUUGGAAAGAAAGAAGCAAAACGGAUAUCUGCAAAAAAGACAGCGAUUACACCAAAAAAAGAAGUUGCUGCAAAAAAGAAAAAAGAAACAGUAGUUGCGAAAGUGGAACCGAAAAAAGCUGAAACUAAGAAAGCUGCAAAAGUUGUUGAGGAGAAAAAAGUGGAGAAAAAGAAGGAGGAAACUAAGAAAAAAGUUGGGCCGGUUAAAAAAAAGACCGAAUCAAAAUAUGAAAGAAGGUGAGCUUUUUGUAUUAGGUCAAUACGCUUUUCAUUCAAGUUCUUUGCAGGCAACAAACAUCUGAUUUUAUAACUCUUCUUGCUUGCGCUAAAAAAGUGCUCGGAGACCAUUAA